AUGACCGCGGGCGAGCUGCAGGACUGGCUCGGCAGCGAAGAGUCCGUCGGCGCUGGCUGGAGCAAAGACGAUGGCUCCGGCGAGACGAUCGGCCAUGAAAGCGGACGCAAGAUCAUCAAGAUCCUCGAGAAGAAUCCAAACAAGGACCCGGACAGCUACGACGAGGAAGACAUUGCCCACAUGCGCAAGGUGGUUGCUUACUGCAAGCGUCACUUGGCGCAGGAGGAGAAGGCGAAACAGGACUCGAACAGCAAGUCGUACAAGUCUCUGAAGAACUGGGGACAUGAUGCACAGAAGGCAUGA